AUGGAGGCAGUCAACAAACUCUGUUCCUGCAGGUUCGAGCCCCUCGUGGAGGUCCCGGUGCCGGAAAAGGCGGUGGUCUGGACUUCCAAGAACUACUACGAUGGCACAGGCAUGUACAUGACGCACCCCCCCGCGUUGAAGCUGUGUUCUGCUUUUAACACGGUGGCGCUGCCAGUGGACUAG